AUGAAGGGCGGGAGGAAGAGGUCACGACAUGCUUCUACUAGUGAGGAUCCAGCGGAUCGACACGAGCGCUUGCAUGCUUCUACCAGGCGCGGCGACCAUAUUGCAGCCACUCAGGCGGUAGAGGCUUCAGCUCCGUCUCCAUCCCCAUCUGCUACUCCGGUCGAGGCUCCGUUAGCUACCCCGGCUCCAUCUGCUACUCCGGUCGGGGCUCCGUCAGCUACCCCCGCUCCGUCUGCUACUAGGGCUCCGGCUGAGCUGGACCCUGCUCCGUUGUCUCCGAUGGCUGAGUUACCUCGGUCGAGGUUCUACACUCCAGGCAGAGGGGAGCGAGACGAGGUUGCAGCGCUCUGCGCCCAGCUCCUGGGAGGAUCUGUUGCUGCUUAUCUGGCUGAGUUUGAGGCGGCGGGUGGCCAGAACAUUCGGUUCAUUACUCUGAAGACCAUGUACACGUCUGCUAUGGAUGGGGGACGCUAUGAGGAUGCUGCUAGGAUCUGGCUGGUGAACCAGCUUGGUGCCACCCUCUUUGCCAGCAAGAGUGGUGGUUACCACACUACUGUCUACUGGAUCGGGAUGCUUGAGGACCUCGGUCGCGUGUCGGAGUACGCGUGGGGUGCGAUUGCGCUGGCUUCGUUGUACGAACAACUGAGUCGUGCAUCCCGCAGGAAGACAACGCAGAUCGGUGGGUUCACCUCCCUCGUGCUGUCAUGGGCGUAUGAGUACAUAUCCAGCAGCGUCAUUAUCAGGACGGAGGUCCCCGGCUACACACAGGACCAGCCUAGGGCGCAGCGGUGGUCCACGUCUCGGAUCGCGCAUUCCGGACUCGAUGAGAGACGAGUCAUGCUCGAUGAGCUUACAGUGGAUGAUAUCACAUGGACCCCUUUUGAGGACCAUCGAGAUGUUCGACCGCGGGAUCCCAGGGCCCUCUAUUCCGGCAACAUCCGGACACCUUACGGCCGGUCUGUGAGCCGACAUCUACCAGAGCGGGUUAUGCGCCAGUUUGGCUUCAUACAGGACAUCCCUCGACACCCCUCUGAGAUCCAGACGACGGGGUCCCUUGCUGAGACCACAGAUGCUGCCUAUGCUGAGUUUGAACCGCACCUCCGCCCUCAGGGGAUACCUGCUACAUAUCCGGGAGAGGCGGUGGAGGGUUACAUGAGGUGGUAUAGCAGAGUGUCACAUGUGUUCAUCAUCCCUGAGGAUAGGAGGGAGGAGCUUAGUGCCGUGUCUGCCAUACGUAGGGGUGUGGAGUUGUUGGAGCAGUCCCUGGAGGUGCCAGGUGCUCUUGCUCCAGGGACACAGCCCCGGAUCCUCACGGAGAGGGCGCUCGAUCUCUUUCGACGGAGUUCCUUCAUUGGUACCCAGGGAGUUGCCUUUUCUGCUAUUCGAGGAGCCGCAGCUGCGGGAGGCAGAGCUCGUGGAGAAGAGUGGUUGGGGCUGGUGGUUGAGAGUAAUGUCAGGGUUGGUGGUGGAGGGUAA